GGAUAAUAUGUCCAAGGGGAAGCAGAUACAAGGAAAACAAAAUGGGUCCUAAGAAUAUUUAACUGGAGAGAACGAAGAGACAUUGUUUAAAAUGUCCCCUUGCCUUCUAUGAAUGAUAAAUAGCUGCCUUGAAAAGGAAAUAAAGGGUCAGCAAAACAUUUAUCCAUAUGUAACUUCUGUAUUGUCUCCAGAGUUGCUGCCUCUCCUGACACAAACAUGGCUGCAGCUCUGGAUCUCCUUCUCAUUGGCUGGCUGCUGCAAAGUGCCCUGUGUGGACAGUUUGAGGUCACUGUGCCAGAGACUAUACAGGUUCUGAGAGGAUCCUGUGUGACCAUCCCCUGCUCUUUUGACAUAGAGAACAACUAUGAAUCAAACUUGGAUAACACAUGUAAAGCAAUAUGGAAAAAUGAUCAAGACACUGUUGUGUUUGAUAGCAGUGCUCCACAACAAAAUACAAUAAAAGGAGAAUUGACAGGAGACUUGACAAGAAAAGACUGCACCACAACUCUGAAUAACAUGCAACCUGAACACAGCAAGAAAUAUUUCUUCAGACUGGAAUGCAAUAACGCCCUAAAAUAUAGUUUUCUUGAACAAAAAUUGGAAAUUGCAAUCAAAGAUGGUCCUCCCAGACUGACUCUGACUCCGUCCACACUGAAGGUGAAGGAGGGAACCUCAGUGAAAGUGACGUGUUCUGCUCCAGCUCCCUGUCUGUCUCAUCCUCCAACUCUGACAUGGACCCCCAGCCUUGGUGACAUUGAUGAGACACUGCAGGAGAAUCAGGACAAAACUAAAUUCAAGACCUCUGUUCUGACCUUCACUGCCUCUCACCUCCAUCACAGACAAGAAAUCUCCUGUACCGCUGUAUACAACAAACAAGAUGGCAGCACUGAGUCAUCUGUUACCACAAGAUUAACAGCUGAUAUUUUAUGUGCCCUGUGUGGACAGUUUGAGGUCACUGUGCCGGAGACUAUAGAGGUUCUGAGAGGAUCCUGUGUGACCAUCCCCUGCUCUUUUGACAUAGAGAACAACUAUGAAUCAAACUUGGAUAACACAUGUAAAGCAAUAUGGAAAAAUGAUCAAGACACUGUUGUGUUUGAUAGCAGUGCUCCACAACAAAAUACAAUAAAAGGAGAAUUGACAGGAGACUUGACAAGAAAAGACUGCACCACAACUCUGAAUAACAUGCAACCUGAACACAGCAAGAAAUAUUUCUUCAGACUGGAAUGCAAUAAUGCCCUAAAAUAUAGUUUUCUUAAACAAAAGUUGGAAAUUGCAAUCAAAGAUGGUCCUCCCAGACUGACUCUGACUCCGUCCACACUGGAGGUGAAGGAGGGAACCUCAGUGAAAGUGACGUGUUCUGCUCCAGCUCCCUGUCUGUCUCAUCCUCCAACUCUGACAUGGACCCCCAGCCUUGGUGACAUUGAUGAGACACUGCAGGAGAAUCAGGACAAAACUAAAUUCAAGACCUCUGUUCUGACCUUCACUGCCUCUCACCUCCAUCACAGACAAGAAAUCUCCUGUACCGCUGUAUACAAUAAAGAAGAUGGCAGCACUGAGUCAUCUGUUAGCCCAAUUGAUAUUUCAUGUGCCCUGUGUGAACCCUUUGAGGUCACUGUGCCGGAGACUAUAGAGGUUCUGAGAGGAUCCUGUGUGACCAUCCCCUGCUGUUUUGACAUAGAGAACAACUAUGAAUCAAACUUGGAUAACACAUGUAAAGCAAUAUGGAAAAAUGAUCAAGACACUGUUGUGUUUGAUAGCAGUGCUCCACAACAAAAUACAAUAAAAGGAGAAUUGACAGGAGACUUGAAAAGAAAAGACUGCACCACAACUCUGAAUAACAUGCAACCUGAACACAGCAAGAAAUAUUUCUUCAGACUGGAAUGCAAUAAUGCCCUAAAAUAUAGUUUUCUUAAACAAAAAUUGGAAAUUGCAAUCAAAGAUGGUCCUCCCAGACCAACUCUGACUCCGUCCACACUGAAGGUGAAGGAGGGAACCUCAGUGAAUGUGACGUGUUCUGCUCCAGCUCCCUGUCUGUCUCAUCCUCCAACUCUGACAUGGACCCCCAGCCUUGGUGACAUUGAUGAGACACUGCAGGAGAAUCAGGACAAAACUAAAUUCAAGACCUCUGUUCUGACCUUCACUGCCUCUCACCUCCAUCACAGACAAGAAAUCUCCUGUACCGCAGUAUACAACAAACAAGAUGGCAGCACUGAGUCAUCUGUUACCACAAGAUUAACAGCUGAUAUUUCAUUUGCACCACAGAUCCUGCCCUCAUCUGAUUGCACUAAAACCAAAACUGCAAGUCAGUUCAACUGUUCCUGUGAGACUUCAGGGAACCCCUCUCCCACUUUACAGUGGUAUUUGGAUGGAUUACAUGUCAAUCACUCUGACAAGAUUGCAGUCAGCAAUGAAUUUCUAAAUGACACAAGCCUGAGGAGCUUCAUCACUGUGAGUCAGCCAAAUCUUUCCACCUUGCUCUGCUGCAGCUCCAACUCCCUGGGAUCUGCUACUCAGCGAUUUUAUGUCUACAUCCUUCAACUUCAAACAUCUGCAGAAGGUCAGGAUCCAUCUUAUGUGUACGGAUUGUAAAUGUUAUUGGUUAGCUGGAAGCUGUCAGAACUAAAAAUGUAUAAAUAAUUUAGCUAAUGACUACUAGAGAUGAAACAGUUUGAAAAUUUCCCAUCAUGAUUAUGGUGACCAAAAUUAUCACUCUCAUCAGUAUUAUGGUGGUAUUGUUCAAAUGUGCUGAAAAUGUCGAAAAGUACUGAUAGACAGUGAAACCAUUUCACCAAGUUUUAGCCAAACUAGAUAAUGUGUUACGUGAAGCAGGCGAAUACAGUCUGCAGACACACAAUGCAUACAGAAAUAGCAAGUUUGACAGACAAACCAUGACAUUUUAUUUCAUUCCGAAACUUACAGUGUAUUUGCUAUAAAGCAAUUUUCUUUGAUCAAGUUUCCCUGAGCACUCUUACAAAAACUAAAUACGAUCACACUUUAUACCAUAGGUGUUGCUGGACCCUUUUUCCUGGGGCCCGAGCCCCUGUCUCUAUGUGCUGUGCCCCAGUGAAAUUGUCAAGACCCCUUGGCGUUGGUUUUGUACGUGUAGUGCUCUGCGGUCAAGUUAGCAACAAUUGGCUGCAUCUGCAACGUCCGGUUACACUUUCAAAAUAAAACUACUGGUUAAUGUGAAGCAGAGGGUAAGCCAGUUAACGAAAUGAAACGUCGCAAAAAACGAGUCAUUGUUGAAAGCGGGUGUUUAUAACAGUGAUGAGAGGACAAACGGGGACUAUCCUUCUGUGCACAAGAAGAGAAAAAAAACCCAAUGAGCGUGACUUUUGUGAACAGCAGUCACGUAAACUUGUGUCCUCUUUUCUGAAAGUCUGAUGUGAGCAGGUUCAUGUGCAGCUGCAGUGAAUCUUUCUCUGUCUGUCCUGCUAACCCAACUGGGCAGUGCAGCUACGUCAGUCUGUGUCUUGGUAGCUUGCCAGACUGUAGCUGAACAAUUUUAGAGUGAAACAGUACUAAUUAUUAAGCUUGAUAAACGGCAACGGGCAAUGUUUAUAAACUGCAGCAAGGAAAUGAUGAAACGCGUGAACAUGCGCUCGUAAGUGUGUGCACGAAAUUAAACUCGACCUUAUUGCAUUCCAGCAG